UUUUAGUGACUGUGCCAGCGUCUGAACGUUCCCUCGCAUCUCACAGCUAACGUUAGCGCGCAAGCUAGCUAAUAAAUGAAAACUAGCUAAUCAUUGCGUCGGGCAUCGUUCAGCAUUUAUGUGCCGUAGUGUCCACGAUACCGGUUGACGUUAAAAUGCAUUUGGAUACCUUCAAUAAAAACGAAACACUUAAAUCGCAAACAUAUCGUUCUUUAUAUCCAGUUUUAACCGACACCGAAACAAAUUCCACCGUGGCCUGUUCGAGGAACUAAUGCCAGCUGCUCCACAGCCCCCUUCCGCAUUUUCCUGCGGCUCUAAGACUGUGACGUGUUGUGCUGACGGCGGCCUAGAUGCUGGAGGAGCUGGGGGCUGCAUCGUAUCUUUGUGCAUCAGUGGAGCUCCGAAAAGCUCGGCCCCUCCCUCCCGGAGCCUCAGCGGCCCGCCCUGCUUACACAAUCCCCCGUCUGAGUCCUGCCCGAGUCUGGUGAACCUGUACGGCCUGUGGAACCGCGAAAAUACAGGCCGCAAAUUACCAAAAUCUGGACAACACCCAACACAGAUGAGGAGGAAAGACAAUGGAUGAAGUGACUGCUCUCUCCAUCCAUUCUCAAGAGCCCAAGAUCAUCUUUCAUGGAUCAGGUGGCGAUGGCGAGGAUGAUGAUGGGGUGGUGGUGGAGCUGCAGGAGACCGUCCUGGUGUCGGACAUCGAGGGCGAGGGCAUGACUGUGCACAGCUUUGCUCCCGAGGAGCUUGUGAUCCAGGAUGCCAUCGAGGAUGUGGUCGCCGAGUACGUGCAGUGUACCGAGGAUGACGGGCUGGAGUCGGCCAUCGCAGUGGAGACAUGCGACAUGUCGCCCGACGGAGUGGCGCUCGAGGACGAGGGGCUGCAAAUGGACGACAAGCCGGAUCAGGAGGACGGAUGUGGAGAUUAUCUGAUGAUUUCAUUGGACGAAGCGGGCAAGAUGGUGACGGGCGAUGGGGAGAAGGUCACCAUGGAGACGGCGUUGGCGGAGCAGGACGGGGAGGAUAAGGACGAAGAUGGCCAGGAGGUCAUCAAGGUGUACAUCUUCAAAGCUGACUCGGGGGAGGAAGACCUCGGCGGGACCGUGGACAUCGAUGAGAGCGAGCUGGAUGUUGAUGAAGGUGUGGAGCUGGUGGACUCGGCCGGCCUUCCUAUCAGGGAGAAAAUGGUGUACAUGUCUGUCGGAGAUGCCCAUCAAACUCAGGAUGAGAUCAAUGUGGCAAAGAUUUCGGAUGAGGUUUACAUGGAGGUGGUGGUGGGAGGAGAGGAGGCGGGGAGUCACCAGCGCUCGUUCGACAGCGCCUCGCUGAGCAAGGAGUUCAUGCCAGUGGCGUGGGCUGCGGCCUGUGGUGGUGAGGAGAGUGAGACCUGCGAGACGAGGAACGGGGCAGCCAGCGCUCUGCUCCACAUUGAGGAGUCGGAUGUUCUCGAGAAGAUCCACCGCCAGCGGAGCAAAAACAAGAACCGAAAGCGCUCGGAGCUUCAUCACGUUCAGACAGCCAUCAUCAUUGGGCCGUACGGUCAACCACUGACCGUCUACCCCUGCAUGCUCUGCGGCAAAAAGUUCAAGUCGCGCGGCUUCCUGAAGCGCCACACCAAGAACCACCACCAGGACUCAAUCAACCGCAAGAAGUACCAGUGCACGGACUGCGACUUCACCACCAACAAGAAGGUCAGCCUCCACAACCACAUGGAGAUCCACGCACUCAGCAGCAACGCGGCGGUGGCGGCGCCCUUCGAGUGCGAGAUCUGCGGCAAGGAGUUCAGCCAGCAGGCGGCGCUCUUCUCCCACCGGCUGCAGCACCACCACCGCGAGCCCAAGCUCCAGAUCUCGCCGCCCGCCACCACCAAGAUGCACAAGUGCAAGUUCUGCGACUACGAGACGGCCGAGCAAGGGCUGCUCAACCGCCACUUGCUGGCCGUGCACAGCAAGAACUUCCCGCACAUCUGCGUGGAGUGCGGCAAGGGCUUCCGGCACCCGUCGGAGCUCAAAAAGCACAUGCGCACGCACACGGGCGAGAAGCCGUACGCCUGCCACUACUGCGACUACAAGUCGGCCGACUCGUCCAACCUGAAGACGCACGUGAAGACCAAGCACAGCAAGGAGAUGCCGUUCAAGUGCGACCGCUGCUUCCAGACGUUCGCCGAGAUGGAGGAGCUGGUGCAGCACGGCGUGACGCACGAGGAGGCCAAAUCGCACCAGUGCCCGCACUGCGGCCACAAGAGCUCCAACUCCAGCGACCUUAAGCGCCACGUCAUCUCGGUGCACACCAAAGACUACCCGCACAAGUGCACCAUCUGCGGCAAGGGCUUCCACCGGCCGUCGGAGCUCAAGAAGCACUCCAUCUCCCACCGCGUUCGCCGGCUGCACAAGUGUCGCCACUGCAGCUUCAAGAUCGCCGACCCGUUCGUGCUCAGCAGGCACAUCCUGUCGGUACACACCAAGGAGCAGAAGGCGCUGUCCGACAAGCAGGCGGCCGGCACAGCGGCGAGCCUGGCCGCGGCUUCGGCCAAAAGGACCUUUGGGGUGGCGGCGCCGGCGACUCUGUCGUCGGGGCCCAAGAAGGCCUUCUCGGCCGGGGCGGCCGUGAUGAAGGGCCCCCGGGAGCGCCGCGUCUACCAGUGCCAGUACUGCGAGUACAGCACGGGCGACGCGUCUGGGUUCAAGCGCCACGUCAUCUCCAUCCACACCAAGGACUACCCGCACCGCUGCGAAUACUGCUCCAAAGGCUUCCGACGGCCCUCGGAAAAGAACCAGCACAUUAUGAGGCAUCACAAGGACCUGGUGUCUCCAGAAUGAACUGACGAUGUAAAUGCCUUGCGUUUAAGGGAAGGGGGGGAGGGGGUGGGGAGAGACUAACCGCCACCACUAUGCUGAUUCCCAGCCAAGCCGCUGGAAGAACAUCAGCUUCCCUGUGGGUCAGUGUUUGAAGCAGCCCAGCCAUCACACUGCUUUGUUUGGUCCCUGUUGAAAUUGCUGUUAAGUGCUACGUUAGGACUCUGAAAUGGAAAGCUUCCACAGAGCAUGAACUUGGCUUAUCUGUGAGGCAAAGACUGAGGUGUCGGAGCCAGAACUAUUUCCUGUUUGUUGAACGUUACAAGUGGUUUUGUUUUCCUCGAUUUAGUUUUUUUUUAUAUAAAUAUAUAAAUUCUUUUCCAUCAAUGCUCUGCAAUGUGCUGGCUCAAGUGUGAAUGAAAUGUAAAACGAAUGUGCCGGAUAUAAGUUGCUUUGACUUCUAAUGCCUUCAGCAAAAUACACGGCACUCAAGGAAAGAGUUCCAUCAUGCAGCCUAAGUUCAUUAUUUUUAGUAAUUAUGUUCACUAACAGUAUUUGGACAUGAUGUAUCUGCCAUUUCACUUAGACAAUCAUGGGAAAGACUUUUUCAGUCACAUACACACACACAUAAACUCGAAAUGGAAGUUUUAAGAGGCCGGACUAUCCACUUAUUUAGACCUUUAACUUUUGAAUUAGUCGUGUCUCUAUUCUGAAAGCAGAUCGAGAGUUCCAGUAAAGGCCUGAGCUCUCUGUAUUUUCAGUUUUAUUGUAUGUAAGGUUUUCAUUUGAUGUCUAAACACUUCCACUUCUGCCUUUCCACUUGGCUGCUGUUUUCAUUUUCCUGGUGUCAUGGACUCAUCUUGUGAUGACGAGGUGUUGUGCGUUUCUCAAUGUGGAUGUGUGCUGGCGUGCUCCAACAAUGAGAAUCAUCCUCACUCUACCUGCGGUGCUAGUGAUGUUUUUGUUUAAGAGAGUCUAACAGAGAAUAAUUAGUUUGGACAAAAUUAGAAACGUAUAUAAGGCUGGUUACUCCUGAAGGACAUGGUAUAACACUAUUGCUUUGACCUGACCGCUAUUUAAAUUAGUCUUCUUGCCCUCGCUGCAGAGGGAGAAGUGCUAUGUUGUCCGUUUAACCAGCAGCACAGGCACAGGGCCAAAUGUAGCCUUGAAAGGUGGAAGACGCAGUUCAAUGAGAUUACAGUACUGCGGGUUGUUCAUGGUACCUUUGACUCCCCCUAACCGAUGUCACUAACCCCGAUCACAGUUGAAUGGUCGCUCAACAAUAACAUCUUUCAGACCCUACUAUGGCCACCUGUGGUUACUGUUUUCAUUUUGUUUGCAUUGUCAAGGGGAACAUGAGUAUAUAUUAGCAUUUUUUUGUAUGCAAAGUUUCACUUACAACUAUUGUUGAUGUAAAACAUUUUAACAGAGCUAAAGAAAUAUGUUGUGUAAUUGUAUUGGAGGUAAUUGUAAUAGCAAAACGAGUAUUAAACAGCAGAAGAUUUUU